GCGAUGUAUUUCAUAACGUUAAAACUCUACGGUCAUAAAGGGGUUCGGUUGAAAAUUCCCAGGAGCGAAUCGGUAGUGCACGAUUUCACGAUCGUUGACAGUGGACAACAAUGGUGAAGCUGCACACGCGCUUGUGCGUGCUCCUCUGCUUGAUCGGCGGGGGUAUCGUCCACGCGAGAAAUGACGUUUAUUGUGCAGGUGAUUUACAGAAUAAACCUUUCAUCUUUAAGGAAGUUCGGCUAAAAGUUUACAAGGGUGACAGCUCCAAUUUCACCGCCACCUCGACCACGCUAAUGAAUCCACAGAAAAUCGCGAAGGACAUCGAUCCCAAGAAAAACUCCGUGCUGUACAUACACGGGUUUAUGGAAAACACGAUUUUCGAUAAUGUGCUGGUAGUAGUUAAAGGAUUUUUGGACCGGGGAGACGUGAACGUAAUCGCGCUCGAUUGGAGCGAAGUGACGAUGAACAUCAAUUACAUCUACGUUUCCGAGCAAGUGGUUGUGAUUGGGAAAGCGGUCGCCGGCGCUUUGGAGAAACUCUCUAAUGUUAUUGAUUUGCAGAAACUGCACGUGGUCGGGCACUCCUUGGGCGCUCACAUAGCCGGCCACAUUGGAAGGUUUGUGAACACCACCCUCGGCCGGAUAAUAGGAUUAGAUCCCGCGUUCCCCCUGUUCUACCCUUCCACGUGUCACGUUAGAGCGAGCGACGCGGAGAACGUGGUUAUCCUCCACACAGACGCCGGGUUUUAUGGUACGCCUAUCGACACGGGAUCCGUCGAUUUUUAUGCGAACAAGGGAGUCAGUCCUCAGCCGGGUUGCCCUGUAAUCAUUGGCGGAGAAGUCUGCAGCCACCAGAGGUCCACCAAGAUAUUCGCCGAGAGUCUGACGAAUCCUAACGCGUUUCUGGCGUACGAGUGCAAUAGCGAUACAAUGAAGAGGAUCGAUGGCGGUAGGAACGUGCCAUUCGGCGAUAACACUCCUAACAACCUACGUGGUGCAUUCUGUUUCGAAACGAACGCUCAAUACCCAUACGGCAAAGCGAGCGCAGCUGCAUAAUCGAUUAAAAGAAACGAUUAAAUUUGGUGGAAGACGGUGAACAAGAUAUGCAAAUAAUUUUCGGGGACCUUCAUUGAAGAGGAUCAUGCUCGGAUAAUUAUCAUCGAGGACGCUCCGAAGGAAUGCCACUGGCAAUAAUGAUAUUUAAAGUAUACGUGCAUCAGCCGAUAUCAACGAAUAUCCACGCACGUCCGUACCAUUGUCAGCUGAAUCGUUUCCUGCGGCCAAAAGUCGCGAAUGGCACUUCCGUCCACAAACUGUGCAAGCGCCUCAGAGGAGCCACCGAUUUUGGUGAAGUGACGCAUGAACGAACGAUUAUAAUUUCAUUUCCAGUCUGUGUCGUUAUGAAUAUUUAACAUACAUAGCCGCAUACUCGACGCGCUUGGCCCCUGAAACGUAAUUACCAGCCAUUUGAGACGAAAAGUAUUUCCAGUCGCUCCCAACUUGUAAUUUUCCUCGGUACCGUGCAGGAAACUAUAAUUCAUUGUAUGUCAACAUCGAAACAAGAAAAUAGGACUCUUGCCAAGGAAGAAAUUAUUUAUAAAAAUAAA